AGUUACUCAAAGUUUAAAAAGUUGUGGUCAAUCCAAGUGGACCAGGAGUGAGUUUCCAUUGCGCAGUUGCCUUCUCAUCUCCCAAACCUCCCUCAAUUGGAGUUUGGCUCGGUCCAAAUGGCUCCGAAGGGUCACUUCCACCGGCCGUGCGUGAUUCUUCCCUCCGGAUUUUGGUUCCGGCGUUGCUUUCAUCCUAAAAGAACUUUUACUGCCGCGUUAGUAUGCGCCCUAUAUUUCUUUUUCACCCAAGUGGGCCUUUCCCAACGGAGCCCCACCUGGAUUAUAGCCGGACGGAACCAAGUCAAUCCAAAAGGGGUGUUAAAUUUAGGUUUGUUAAACGCAAACUCGGCGGUUCCGACCCGCUCCAAUGUGGUGUACAUCACCCUCAAAUCAAAACGCCUCAAGCCGUCCAACAUUCGCGGCACGGUGCGACCCAAACUGCGGAGGAAAGCGAGAAGAACUACGCAUCCGCAUUGGAAUAUACAGGACGGUACAGGAGCGGAGGGUCCUGUCAGUUCUAUCCGGAUAUACAGCCGCUCCCCUCCGCCGUGGCUGAGCGCGCGCGAUGUGGGUACCAUGCGCGCUCUCGCCGGGGCCAAAGUUUUAAGCGUCCAACACCAACCGACACAAGAAGCUCCGUGGCCCCUCUUGGUCUUCGAGGGAACCCGCCCGGAGGAUGGCAACGCUGCGUGCGGACUCGCUCAUGGCCCGGCGGACUCAGUGGAGGUGUUCGCUUUUCAUUUGGAUCGAGUUCUCGGACUCAACAGAACUUUACCAGCUGUCAAUAGGAAGUUGACCUUUUUACACGAUGGCCAGCCUAGUCCAGUCGUGGCGUGGGAGGGACCUCUCUACCCUGAUGGUGUGAUCCUAACGUGGGCUGAGUACCAGAAAUCCCUGAAACAGCGGUGCUGGAUUGGGAACAUUGCUCCGAGGCCCGAGUCGGGCUGCUCCGUCAUCCAUCACUACGAAUGGAGCAGACUAGCGCUCUUUGAUUUCCUCUUGCAGAUUCACAACCGUCUAGACCCCAGCUGCUGUGGGUUCAAACCACGGCAGCAGGACGGGUGUCAUCAGCCCGGCCGCCAUUUUGAAUGCGAGCAGAGGGACAGCAUCCGACUGGCGAAUGUGGUGCACAGGCGCGACAACCCGCAUCGCCUGGUACUCACCGUCAACAAGGGCUUCUUUGAUCGCAAUGAGGACAACCUGGACUUCAUGCUGCUGGAGGGGAUAAAGGAGCUUCCCGAGCACGCCGUGUCAAUCCUGAGGAGCGGCCGUCUACGGGAAAAACUGCUGCAGUCGCUCUUUAUGGACCAGACGUAUUGGGAGAGUCAGGGCGGGCGACUCGGCAUUGACAAGCUGAUAGAUGUUGUGGAGUGCCGGGCCCAGGUUCUCCUCACGUACGCUAACGGUCAUGGCAUUAGGACGUUCCACAUGACCGAGUGACGGGAACAGCAGGAACUUUACAAAACGACACAAUUUACUCGAAUUAUAAUUAAUGUUGCACUGAUUUUAUGGCUCUUGAUACUAACUGAGAAAAGAUGCUCAGAUGAUGUUGAGCAAAGGCGACAAAUAUAUGUCACGUGUUUCCAUUUAUCAAUACGUAAAGCCUACAAGCCCUAACGCAUUUUGAACAGUCACUGGAGUGAAAUUUGCUAUGUUAAUGUGGGCUACAUAAUGCACAAAAGCACAACACUGUAAUUUUAACUGCUACUCGCUGCUUCGAAAAAAAAAAAAAUCAAACUUAGUGAUGCAUGUUAAUACGAUGCACAUAAUGGCAGCUUGCCUCCCGAGCCUCUGCCAUCUCAACUUAGCACAAAUGCUUUCGACUGUUUUUUGUUUGUUUGUUUUAAACUCUUAAUCAACCGUUGAGCAGAUGUUGCGCUCGUUGACGCAAUUACGUGAUCGAUGAUGGACAACGUUGACUCAUUGGGAUAGCUUUAAUAUAUACAGGUUGUCCUCGGGUUAUGAACGAGUUCCGUUCCUACGUGGCGAACUCACCCGAAUUUCCAGGUUGAUCGGAUUUAUCCCUUAAAGUGCCCCUAAAUCUCAAAAUAACUAUCCAUAAAGUCCCAAAGUAUUGUAAUUUGUUUCCCUCUGGUGGCAACAUUGGGUCUGGCUUAUGUUUCUGAGAAGCAGACUCAGACGACUGACAUGGAUAAAAGAUAGACGCGCUCUAGUUUGGCCCACAUGAGGCUGUAAGUUGUUUCAGCUAAUAUAUAUUUGUGUGUGCAUUUGUAAUUAAAGUUCAGAGCUACAGUUUGUGGAGUUACUUGUGAGCAAUUUGCUGUGAGAAUGGCGCACCGCACGCUGGCUAUUUUUAGACCGUGACGUCGCAUUGUAAAGCGGACGUAAAGCCGAAGUGGGACAUUAUAGACCCGCCCUCGCAUAGACCCAAAGUAAUUAGUGUUACUUUUCUCCGGUAAUCUUUCAAAAACGAACAUGCCGAUCACGCAUUGCUUUUUUGGAACUUGUAGAAACGACUCUAGACAUUACGACACAUGAAGGAUGUUUUCUUCAUACGAUUCCGGAAACCAAAAACUCGGGAGGAAAAAAAUGUGAAGACCGAAUCAACUUGCGCGGACUUUAACACCAGCUCGGCGAAUCCAUUCACGUUUCAUAUGCAGUAAACAUUAUGUUGGGUUGGCAUGGUCUUUCAGAGGACAAAUAGGUAAGCCAUUUUUAUAUUUUUAACUUAUUUUUUUAGCGUAACGUUGUGCCGUCCUGCUUCUGUCUGACAUUGAAUGACCUGAAAAGAAUUACAAUGGUAUCUGACUGCCACUGUUACCGUUUCUGUUAUAUAUAUAAAAAAACAACUUUAGUAAGGGGGAAGUGUAAAUAAAUUAUAGGGUUAAGAUGUGUUAUCAAUGAAAAAAUUAAAAGUGUUCGUUGGCUGUCACUGAGUAGCAUUUGCGAUCGCUACACAAAGCUAACUAAAUUACCCCCAAGAACGGUAAGAGACGUAGGACAACCAGAGGAUAUAUAAGAAAGACAGGGCUGAUGGUAAAGGAUAGCUUGUUGAAACAGGAGAAUGUCAUUGUCAGUCGCGUCGACAAAAAAGCUAAAGCUAUGUUUAGGUCGGCUCGUUUUUUUCUUCUUUUUCGUCUUUGACACAAAAGCCAUCUCUUUAACUGAACAUUUUUAUGUUCUUCCACAUCUUUGGCAGUGAAUUUGGCACCAGGCACAUCAAUUUCGGAGAGAAUUGGUAGGUUUAGCUCUGUAAACAUCUCCUUCGUACACGAUUUCCAUUCAUUUCCUAUUAGGGACAAACGGCGGCUUGUCCCUACUUAGCAACAGUAGCUAAUGUCAUGAAUAUUAAUGAGCGGAAGUGACGUGUUGCUUGCGGUACGCCAUUGUAAAUAGGUUAGCAUUCAUAGCAUUUAACCUAGCAGACUUUUGUCAAGCAAAUUUGGUUAAUUUAAGAUAAUAAAUUUGAAUAUUGAUCAGACGAAAUUAGGGGUCAGCAACCCAAAAUGUUGAAAAAGCCAUAUUGGACCAAAAAAACCCCCAAAAACAAAAAUGUCCCUCGCUGCAAAAAAUUAAAAGCCUUACAUAAGCCUUAUAAUAAAUGGAACACACACUGUAUGUAUCUUUACUAGUUAUAUUAGCCUACUAUCACUUCAUAGCUACUUCAGCCAGCCCCUCUGGCGGGAUCCCAAGGCUUUCCCAGGCCAGCCGAGAGACAUAGUCUCUCCAGCGUGUCCUGGGUCGUCCUCGGGGCCUCCCGCCGGUGGGACAUGCCCGGAACAACUCUCCGGGAGGCGUCCAGGAGGCAUCUGAACCAUAAUAAACCGUCAUGAUUUUAUGUUUGUUUUCCGUGCAGUACAUCCACAGCACUACGUGACUACUCUGAUGUAGGAUGCCACCUCAAGUUUAACUUCAUGACAAUAUUAAUGAAUUGUUUCAUUGCUUUUAUGAAAUUAAAGAAAUGCAAAAAGGAAAUCCGAUUUUUGAUGUCAUUUUUAUUUUGAGGUUAAGGAAGAACAACAAAAAGGAACGUACAUAACAUGCCCCUUAUCUGGGCAUGUCUUUAAUUUUCAAAAUGAUCUCGGUUUUGUUUUUGAAGUCUGCAAAUAGCUAUG